CAUUAUUUGAGUUUCUCAAUGCUGUGACAAAACCUGUAGGUGUUUGUGUGUCGUUUUCGUCAUGUAUCAUCAACCUGUGCUGAAAAACAGACGCACUCUCCUCGAGAGAGCAGAGAAAUUCAUCUCUGAUAUUUACUUCACCGACUGUAACCUGAGAGGACGACUCUAUGGAGACUCUUGCCCGUUGGAGUCCAUCGCCUCCUUCCUGUCUUCUAAGCGAAUCACAUUCACUGAAGCUUCCCAGCAGAUCUUUGCACCCUAUAAAGUGGGUGAUACCUUUGGACCCACGUGGUGGACCUGCUGGUUCAAAGUGACCCUGAAAAUCCCUGAGUCAUGGAGAGAGAAAGAGGUUCACCUUCUGUGGGAAAGUGAUGGAGAAGGAAUGGUUUGGAGAGAUGGGCAGCCCGUUCAGGGCCUGACUAAAGAGGGAGAAAAGACGAGCUACAUCCUGUCUGAUAGUUUGAAGGAAGAUGAGCCACACAGCCUCACCCUUUAUAUAGAGGUGGCCUGUAACAGUCUUUUUGGUGCUGGUAAGGGGACCUUUAUUGCAGCACCAGAUCCAAACCGGAUGUUUUCUGUACAGAAAGCUGAGCUGGUGGUUUUUAACAGGGAUGUACAGGAGCUGCUGACAGAUUUUGAAAUGCUGGUUGACAUUGUAAAGGAACUUGGUGAGGGGGAGCAACGUGGCUACCAGGCGCUCUUCACUGUCAAUGAGAUGGUGAACCUCUGUGAUUCCGCUGAUCCCAGCACUUUUCCUAAAGCUCACAAACUGGCUCACAACUUCUUCAGCCAGAGAAAUGGAGAGAGCCAGCACACUACACACGCCAUGGGUCACUGCCACAUAGACUCAGCUUGGCUUUGGCCCUAUGAAGAGACCAUUCGCAAAUGUGGCCGAAGCUGGGUGACAGUGAUUCGUUUGAUGGAGAAGAACCCAGACUUUGUCUUCACUUGCUCUCAGGCUCAGCAGUUCCAGUGGGUGAAGAGCUGGUACCCUGGACUCUUCACACAGAUUCAGCUUUAUGUCAAGAAAGGACAGUUUAUUCCAGUCGGAGGGACGUGGGUGGAAAUGGAUGGUAACCUGCCUUCAGGUGAGUCCAUGGUUCGGCAGUUCCUGGAGGGCCAGCGCUUCUUUAACCAGGAGUUUGGGAUCCUUUGCAAAGAGUUCUGGCUUCCAGACACAUUUGGCUACUCAGCCCAGCUUCCUCAAAUAAUGCAGGGCUGCGGUAUUUCCAAUUUCCUUACACAGAAGCUCAGCUGGAACCUGGUCAACACCUUCCCUCACAACACAUUUUUCUGGGAGGGUCUUGACGGCUCCAAGGUUUUAACUCACUUCCCACCUGGAAAUUCCUACGAGAUGAAGGGAAAGAUUGAAGAUCUGGUGAAAACUGUGAAAAACAACAAAGACAAAGGGAGAGCCAACCACAGCGCAGUGCUAUUUGGGUUUGGUGAUGGUGGUGGGGGGCCCACACAGCUCAUGCUGGACAGACUGCAGCGGGUCCGGGACACAGAUGGACUUCCCAAGGUUCAGACGUCUAGCCCACACAAGCUUUUUUCCCAGCUCUGGGCUGACUCGGAUCUGCUCUGCACCUGGACCGGAGAGCUUUUCCUGGAGCUGCACAAUGGCACCUACACCACACAGGCACAGAUUAAAAAAGGGAAUCGUCAGUGUGAGACACUGCUCCAUGAUGUAGAGAUAGCCUGCAGCCUGGCGUCGUGUCAAGACGGGUCAUUUUCUUAUCCUGUGGAAAAACUUCAGGAGCUCUGGAGGCUGCUUCUCCUGAACCAGUUCCAUGAUGUGAUUCCCGGCAGCUGUAUUGAGCUGGCUGUGGAGGAUGCAGUCAGGUAUUAUGAAGAUAUUAGUUGUGGUGGUGCUUCACUGCUGCAUGAUGCCUUUGGAGUCCUGGGCUCUAAAGGAGACUCUGCUGGGGUUUUCAACUCCCUGCCAUGGGAGCGCCAUGAAGUCCUGCAGGUCCAAGAUGGUGCUGAUACACCUAGACUGGCCCUGGUCAAAGUCCCCAGCAUCGGUUUGUCUCUGGUCAAAGACACUCUGCCUGUGGCUCCAGUUUCUGUCACUGUUCAAGGUGACGGUACUGUCGUCAUGGAGAAUGGGAUUUUACGGACAGUCAUAAACAAAGACGGCACUCUGGCAUCACUGUGUUUGAUCAGUGUGAACAGGGAAGCUCUCUCUGAAGAAUUUCAGGGGAACCAGUUUGUCAUGUUUGAUGAUGUCCCUCUAUACUGGGAUGCUUGGGAUGUCAUGGACUACCACCUGCAGACAAGGAAGCCAGUGCUGGAGUUGGUGCAGCCUGUUCACGUGGCGUCCUCCGACCCGCUGCAAGGCAGGGUCAGCUUCAGCCUCCGGAUCAGUGAUAAAAGCACCAUCACGCAGGAGAUCAUCAUGGAUGCCAUGUGUCCUUACAUUAAGUUCAACACUGAGGUGAAAUGGGCUGAGUCACACAAGUUUCUCAAGGUGGAAUUCCCUGUACGAGUACACAGUCCCAAUGCCACUUUUGAGAUCCAGUUUGGCCAUCUGCAAAGACCCACACACAGAAACACCUCAUGGGACUGGGCCAGAUUUGAGGUUUGGGGUCACAAAUGGGCAGAUUUGUCAGAGCACAACUUUGGAGUUGCACUGCUGAAUGACUGCAAAUACGGCUACUCAGUCCACAAGAACACGAUGACUCUGUCUCUACUGAGAGCACCAAAGGCUCCUGAUGCCAACGCUGACAUGGGGACUCAUCAUUUCACCUACGCCAUCAUGCCACACUCAGGAUCAUUUCAAGAUGCCUCCGUCAUCCAGAGCGCCUACAACCUUAACUUCCCUCUGAGGUCGAUCCAGUGCGCUCCUGACACCGAGCCCUGGAGUGCCUUUUCCGUCAGCACUACAGCGGUGAUCCUGGAGACCAUUAAACAGGCUGAGGACAGGAAGAGGGCACUUGUAGUGCGUCUCUAUGAAUCACAUGGGAGUCACGUAACAGCAACUCUUCACACGACACUUCCAGUCCAACAAGCUUGGCAUUGUGAUCUGUUGGAGAGACCAGACACCACUCGGCUAUUAACUAUUACAUCAGAGGGAAUCAACCUCACCUUCAGCCCAUUUCAGAUUUUGUCUCUUCUCCUAAUCUUGUAAAUUGUGUCUUAACUAUAGAUCAUUAGGAGAGCAUAUCUUGUGCUGUACUUUUGAGACUGACAAUGGUACUUGUAAAAUGGGAUCAAAUUAAGAUUGAAUAAAUCACACUAAUGUGCGUGGAACUUUGCAUCAA